AUGUCGUGUUCCUAUCAGUUCCCUGAUCUGCUCCUAGCGCGCGCACAGGGCAUGCUCAGUGAGGAAAAGCGGCAAGCACUAAAUCAAAAGGGUAAAACCAAGCAAUGGGGUAAGGAUGACACCCUCGAUCAAAGAGAAGAAGCAUAUUUUCUACAAUUUCCUGUGAAAGCACUGUUAUCCGAUAAAAUUGGUUGA